ACGGUGUCACGUCAAGUACUGUCCGUCACGCUUAAGUGGCGUAAAAAUACUACGUUUUCGUGAGUCUGUUGGUUUAGUAGCAUUAAUGGAUAACGCGGAGCAGAAAAACGCAAAUGAAGAAGCACCUUCUGUCAUCGACCGAUACUUUACCCGGUGGUACCGAGCAGACAUGAAGGGGAAAGCGUGUGAAGACCAUUGCAUCCUUCAACAUUCAAACAGACUUUGCGUCAUCACCUUAGCAGAGACCCAUCCAGUCCUUCAGGAGGGUCGCACAGUCAAGAGCAUCAACUACCAGAUUAGUAAUGGCUGCAGCCGCCUGAAUAACAAAGUCACUGGGAAGUCUAAGAGGGGAGGGCAGUUUGUCACGGACUUUGCACCUUUGUGCAGGAUAACGUGCUCAGAUGACACACAGUACACCAUCUACAGCUGCAUUCGAGGACGUCUCCUAGAGGUCAAUGAGAAUAUUCUGAAAACCCCAAAUCUCUUGUUGGAAAAGCCAUCCACUGAAGGCUACAUCGCCGUCAUCCUGCCAAAGUUUGAGGAAAGCAAGAGCAUAACAGAAAACCUCUUGAGAAGAGAGGAGUUUGAAGAGAUCGUCUCCAAACGUGGACAGUCACACCCCCCCUGAUGCAGGUUUCAAGCCCAGAUUCUUCCAGAGGACCUUUAUUAGUCAGAAUGCUCACAAGAUAAGACUGAAAGUCUCAGUGGGAAGAGCUUUAGCUACUCCUGGGAUUAACGUUUGUGUGCCUUCAGGUUGUUUUGUGUUUUCAAAGAAAUAUCCGGGAUGUUCAGCUCGCAAUUUAGAGAAAAUCUGAGGAAAUCCUGGUAUAUUCUGUAGAAUAUUUGUUUUUCUAAAUUAAUAAAACAUACAAGCAAUGA